AGAAACCUAGAUAUAAAUCAAGUAUGAUUACUACUGCAUCGUGACAUUGGAUUUAUAUGGACAUAAGCAACUGAAUAUUGGAAUAAAAUACAUAAUAUGGGAAUAAUUCAUAUAAAAGGAUUUAGUCAAUUAUCUGCAUUAUCCUUGCGUCAAGUAUAUGGAGAGAGGAAUGGUUGGAGGUUACUGACACUAGUGAUAUGUAUUCUCUUAUCAGCAAAUGCAGCUGAUGCAACAUUUAAUGAUAAGCUAAAGGACAUUUUAUAUAGUCCUGUCAGGCAUGGAGAAAAAGUGGCACGUUGGAAUCCUGACCCAGCGACCAAGUCGAGGGUUCGUCGAGCCCUUGCGACCACGACACCCAACCCGAACAAUGAUGAAAAUAAUUUUUAUGGCAUGGAUUAUGCCGACUCACAAUGUCCAGAACACCUCAAAUAUGAGUUUAAUGACCUCUUUGCAAUGUCAUAUAUGGGACCAGUUUGUGACAUCAUCGAUGCUCGUAACGAUGCAGCACAUAUGAAAGAUCUAGAAAAUUGUACCAUCGUUAAUGGUUUUGUUCACCUGGUGUUUAUGCAUGACUUGAAAGAGAAAGAUUUAAAAAAAUAUCGUUUUCCAAAACUUCGUGUUAUAACUCAUUACCUUCUCGUCUUUCGAAUGUACAAUCUUCGUACACUACGAUAUAUGUUUCCUAACUUAGCUGUGAUUGGUGGACAAGAAACACUGAAAGGCUACUCACUCGUAUUAUUUGAAAAUCCACACAUGACAGAGAUCGGACUUGGCAAUCUUCAAUUUAUCAACAAAGGAGGAGUUCGUAUACAAAAGAAUAGUAAAUUGUGUUAUUUAUCAACCAUCGAUUGGCAAAGAUUAGGAAGUUAUCGAUCAAAAAUAUCGAAUGGUACGGAUAAACUCACCCAAGAUCAAGUCGUUUUGAAGGAGAAUCAAGAACCGAGUCAGUGUGUAGACCAGUGCGGUCCAAACAGCGGAUGCGAUAAAGUCGAUGGAAGGGAAUUAUGUUGGGGACUUGGUUUAUGCCAAAAACGAGAGUGUCCAAACCACACUUGUCCACCUACAAAUCUACCAGCAACAUGUAACAACAAUGCCCCUACGAAACAAUGCAAGUGCCACAAGCAGUGUUUAGCUGGUUGUACAAGACCAAACAAUCGAUCAGCAUGUAUUGCUUGCAGAUACAAAUAUCAUGAUGGAACGUGUGUCAGCAAUUGUCCGCAUGGAACCUAUUUGAUUCAUGAUUGGUUAUGCAUUGCGAAAGAAGAAUGUCAGAGGCUUGAUUGGCAUUUCUUGGGAAACGUUUGUCGAUUUCAAUGUCCAGCAGGAUAUCAAGUGGAAUUUCGAGAUUGUAUGAGAGUUUGUGUGAAAUGUACAACGGAUUGUGGUCAAGUUUGUAUUGGAAAUGUCCGAAUCACUGAUGUACAUUCUUUACAUGAUGUUGAAGUAUGUCGAGAAAUAGAUGGAGCUCUCGAUAUUAGUAUCAAUGGUGGAUCCGAGGUUGUGGAACGUUUGGACGACGCUUUCCGUGACCUUGAGGUCAUUGGAACACUCAUUGUACGAAGAUCAUUUCCCCUUGUAACUCUUUCAUUCUUGAAAAAUAUUAAACGAAUCACUGGAAAGUACAUGGAGCAAGACAUGUACAGUGUUUACAUUCUGGAAAAUCAAAACCUGAAAGAACUCUGGGAUUUUAGUAAACACAACACGACCAUUGAGGGUGGAAAAGCAUUCUUUCAUUUCAAUCCACAUCUUUGUCGCAAAGUGGAAGUUCGUAAAGUUGAGGAAUUAACUCCAGAAAUUGAGGAUGAAAAAGACAUCAGUGAUUCUACAAAUGGAGAUAGGGCAGCAUGCGAAUUCACAAAGAUUGACGUUCUUAAUGUCGAAAUGUUUCGAGAUUCGGUCAAAAUAUUAUGGAGAAAUUUUGUCGUCAAAGAUGACAGAACUCUCAUUGGAUAUCAAGUGUAUUAUAAAGAGUCGCUUGAACAGAAUGCAGAAAAAACUGAAGGUGUUGAUGCUUGCAGACUAAGAAGCUGGAAAGUUGAAGACAAAACUAAAUCCGAGGACCAAUAUUACCAUGUUGGACCAAAUGGUACAGUUACACCAACAUUACCAGAUUAUACCAAGCCAGGAAACACCUCUAAACUUCUUUCAAAUCUGAAGGCUUACACGCAAUAUGCAUACUAUAUUCAUGCUUACACAACCUCCACUGCAAAAAGUGGAGCUGCAUCCGAUAUUAAGUACUUCACUACAAGACCUGCAGAACCUACUCAGCCUCGAAAUCUAAGAUCAACUGGAACUACAGUGUCAUCUAUUGAAGUUGCUUGGGAUCCACCUUCUUUACCUAACGGAAUAAUAACACAUUAUAUUGUUGAAUGGAAAAGACAGAGAAAAGAAGAUUUAGCUUCUAUUCGCGAAGUCAAUUACUGCAAACAUUCAACUUUUAAACCAAUGAUUCCAAAAGGACCGACUUCUCCUAAACCUGUCAACCCAGAGACACCGAAAGAUGAAGGGACGACUCCUGCAUCUACCGGCAAACAGGAAUGUAAUUGUGAAAAGGAUGUAAUAUCAAAGAAAGAUGAAGAAAAUGCGAAAGAAUCUUCGGAAUUUGAAAAUUAUCUACAAGAUCAUAUUUUCUUCCCGGCUCCAGGCCUACCUGAGGAUUUUGUCACUGUUGAAGAUUUUAAUAGUAGUUCGACAAGAUCCAAAAGAUCAUUAUCUCGAAUACGUCGUGCGAACUUCUUUAAUAUUACUAUGGCAACCCGUGCUAUCAACUCUACCUCAAUACCGACCACUACAUUAUCUAUAACCAACACAACAACUCCCCCUCCUGAAGAUCCCGAAUAUAUGUGGCAACGAAUGAUUGUGAACAAAACGACAGCGACCUUAAAUGGACUCCAUCACUUUUCCGACUACGAUAUUCUAGUGUAUGCAUGCAACCAUGCUUCUGACCCACAGUCUCGAACUCUCCAUUUCAAAGUACGAGAAAGUCGAUCAAGAAUGAAAUUUUCAAACUAUACAAAAUGCAGCAUCGAAGCGAUCACAAUGAAAAGAACGUCAGCCAAUCACAGCGUUGACGUCAUUCCACCGGACACUGUUAAAGUAACGAACCUCGGACCGCCGAAAGAAAUUAUAAGAUUGUAUUGGGAAAUGCCAGUAGAUCCGAACGCUUAUGUGAAAAAGUUUACGAUCGAAAUCAACAGCACAGAAGCAGGAAAUAAUGAAUUCUUCGCCACCGAGUGUGCUCAUGUGAAUACAACAGUGAAAAGUACAAUGUCAUAUGAUUUCAUACCGCAGAGAAGUUUGCCUCCUGGUAGUUAUUCCGUGAGAAUAAGACCAGUAACAUUAGCAGGUGACGGUAACUGGACUGCACCCGUAACCAUGGAAAUCAGUGACACAACGAAACCGGGAAAUUCAACAACGAUUAUUAUUGUUAUUUGUGUGUUUAUUUUUUUCUGUUUCAUCUGUCUACUUGCUGUCUUGUAUUAUGUGAAAACAAGGAAAAAGCCACUCGAUCCCUCUCAAAUGUACGCAGAUAUGAAUCCAGAGUACGCGAGAUAUGUCUACGUACCUGAUGAGUAUGAAAUUGAUAUCGAAAAAGUUACAAUCCUGGAGGAAAUUGGACACGGAAACUUUGGAAAAGUUUUCUCUGGCCUUGCAAAAUCAAUCGUCAGAGGACAAGAAGAAACGAAAGUUGCGAUAAAAAAACUUCAUGAAAAUGCCGAUCCACAUCGAAGAUUUGAGUUUUUGAAAGAAGCAAGCUUGAUGAAAGCUUUUAAUGCUCAUCACGUCGUUAGAUUGUUGGGCGUCGUGUCUCGUACAGUUGAUCCCUUGGUCAUCAUGGAAUUCAUGGAAUCUGGAGAUUUAAAAUCUUUUCUCAGAUUGAGAAGAGUUUCUGAAGAGGAAAACUCACAACACAUACUGCCUCCAACUCUUCAAGAGAAAUUACAAAUGGCAGCCGAAAUUGCAGACGGAAUGGCAUAUCUCGCUGAUAAUAAGUUCGUACACAGAGAUCUUGCAGCACGUAAUUGUCUCGUUAAUCACGAGGGAACUGUCAAAAUUGGAGACUUUGGUUUGACAAGAGACAUCUACGAAACUGAUUAUUAUAGAAAAGAAAGCAGAGGAUUUUUACCUAUUCGUUGGAUGGCACCGGAGUCUCUCAAAGACGGCGUUUUCGAUUCCCGUUCAGACGUGUGGUCAUAUGGAGUGGUUUUGUGGGAACUCGCCACCUUGGCAGAACAGCCGUACCAAGGUCAACAACAUGAUGAAGUUACGAGAUUCGUUAUUGAUGGUGGAUACAUGGAAAGGCCGAGGGAUUGUCCAAAACGAUUAUAUGAUCUCAUGGCAACAUGCUGGCAAUACAAUCCGAAGAUGAGACCCAUAUUCCUUGAAAUUGUUCACGAACUUUAUAAAGACGUCAAUGAUGAAUUUAAAGAAGUUUGCUUUUAUGGAAAACAGCAAGAUGUCGGGCCUGGAGAAGAAGACCAAAUCUUAUUAUCUGAUGGAAUGGACAUCAUUUACCCUCAUAAUGGUCCAUCUACUUCUGGACAACCUUACAAUGAUGGUGGAAUGAUAUCUCCUGGUUGGAACGCCGGCGAUUCAGCGAUAAAAUUCACAAGGAAUAAUAUAAAACACGAACGAUUAUCGUCUACCCCACCACAUUACGAAGGCGGGGAUGAAAAACAGAGUCUACUCACUCCCGAACCUCCUCAAUCUUUACCGCAAAAUGAGGACUAUCCACAUUCUGGGGAUACAAGGUCGGCAAACACAAUGUCAACUACGGCGUUAACAAACACUCCACCCAUGUCAGAGUCGCAUACUCGACGGAAUCGGAACAGUAGUGAUAGCUCGUAUGAAAAUGAUUACGAGGACAACCUGUCUCCGCCCGGGGGACAGCAUAAAACGGACCAAAACUUACGAGACUCGGGGGCAUUUACCCAAACUCAUAGAUCCCCAAAAUCAGAGGGAAAAGACCCAUUAAUAUCUUAUAAACACCUUAAUGGGGGACACAAAUCAAAAACUAUGGAAUUAGACUUAGAAUCGGGUGUGGAGGAAGGAACGUGGGGUAACUCAUCGACGGCAUCUGCGAGUAACCCCUCCACCCCCACAGAGACCCAAGCCAUGCUUAGUAAUUCUUUAAACGGACAUAAUAAAGAUAGUAACAUUUAUCCUGUAUUGCGACCACCGGCGUCUAGCGGCUGUUGACUAUGUCAAAGGUCAAAAGUGAAGGGUGAAAUCGUUCGACAUGCUGCUUGAGACAGUAAGCAGUGUAUUGUCUUAGUGUUCCCAUAUAUGUUCAAUGAUUACAUAUUAAAAGGA